UCAUUUAUUUCUUGCACCCACAGAAGGCACCAUAACCCAGUAGGCUACCACACGAACCGGAGUCAUGCUGACGGGAAGAUUGGUGAAAGCGGUGAAGACGUUGGUGAGGGUGAAGGAAUCCUUACGGAGCAUCACAACGGUCACUAAGGACACGACAGUGGGCAUUGUGGGCUGCGGCAACGUUGGUUCGGCAGUUGCGCACAACCUGCUUCGUCAAGGAUUCAAAGUGGUGGCGGCCUACGACAUGGACGCCGAACGGCUGGCAGCCAUGCCCUCCUCCGUGGCACGAACUACCUCGCCUCGUCUCGUCGCCGCCGCCGCUGAUGUUAUUGUUACAGGCCUACCUCGGCCCCCGAACCUCAAGGCUGCGGCGGAGGGCCCUGACGGCAUUCUUGCUGGACUAACUGAAGGCAAAGUCUGGAUCGACCACUCCACUACAGAUUGUGACCAGACCAAGGAGUACAGCGAAGCAGCAUCGAAGCAAGGCGCCCACGUGCUGGAGGCGCCCAUUACAGGGGGACUGGAGGCGCUGAAGAAGGGGCAGAUGGUGGUGCACGUGGGGGGCUCCAGGGAAGUGGCAGAGGCGGUCAACCCUAUCCUGAAGCCGUCGUUCUGUGAGAUAUUCUACGUUGGAGAAAUCGGUGCAGCCAUGAUGGUGAAGGUGGUGUCGAACAUGCUCGCCUGCGUGCACGUCAUCGCCAUGGGAGAAGUGCUGAUGUUAGCCAAACGUUCGAACUUGGACUUGAGGACGUUCUGGAAUGCCAUCCGUGUGAGUGCCGGGAACAGCUUCGUGUGGGAGACCGCCGGGCCACUCAUCUUCAGUGGCUCCUACGACCCUGGCUUCCCCAUUACUCUACAGAACAAGGAUCUCCAGCUCGGAUACGACAUGGCACGAAAGUAUGAGGUACCAAUGGACAUGCACCAGUUCGCCCUCUCUAUCUACCGCCGCACGCAGUAUCAGCUGGGUGACGAGGCUGGUUGCUACUCUCCUCCGAGGACCUACGAGAUCGCCCUCAAUGAAUCUUUGCAGGUUAAGGGUUUUGACACGUGGGAAUAUGACAAUGAAAUUUACAACGACUCUCUAGUUGUGUCUCACAGCGGACUGCCACCAAGAAAUAAGAAAUAAAAAGGGAAGGAAUAAGAAGAGUAUUGGUAGUAGUACCGACAGUGGUAGUAGUAGUAGCGGUGGUAGUAGUGCUGGGAGUUUAUUGUUUACUGUUUAUUGCCACAUUACAGAUACAUACAUUGAGCAGUUAUAUAAAGGCAUUAUUAAGGCAUUAGUCUGCUGAGCUGAAGCUCCUAAGCAGACAUGAGAUUUCUUCACAUGAAACAAAUGACGGCAAUUGGUAAUAAAUUAAGACUAUAUUCUACGAAAAAAUUGAGACAAGACAUAUCCUACAAGCAAUUUGAGACAUCUUAAAAAUAACACCCUACCAUUCAUCAAAUAAAUCUGCAUUUGACAUUAUUGUAUAUUGAUUGAUUAAUUUUUCAAUUUAUAGAAAUGUUUUUUUAAGUUUGCUUUUGAAUAAAUUGAGGUUAGUUAUUGUUUUCAAAUUAUCAGGUAUCCAACAUUUCGGUCCGAAGCAAUGUAUUGAAAAUUUGUACAAUAUUGUUCUGUGUUGUGGACACAUCAGGUUGACAUUAUCCCUCUAGUUCCCUGGCUGUGAUGAACAUGUUUAAACAAUUGGCUGUUGCUCUUACUAUAAUUUAAAUCGUUAUAAACAGAUAGAAGACAAAAAUACUGUAAUAGGUAGUCAAUAUUCAGUAAUUUUAAUUCAUUGAACAAUAACUGUGUAGAAUCAUAUUUUCCUUUGUAUGUAAUGGAUCUUAAAAUCUUUUUCUGCAUUACAAUAAUUUUCUUUGCAACUGACGGCCAUGUGCAACCCCAUAUUGACAAACAAUAUAUGAAAUGAGGAUAAAAUAAUGAGUAGUGCAGAUUUUCCAAGGCAUCAACUGUAAGGUUAUAACGGGUUUUGUACAUUACUCCACAAUUUUUUGACACUUUUAAGCAGAGUGACUGUAGGCUAUAUGGUUUUUCCAGUUUAAAUUUUCAUCUAUGAAAAUUCCUAAAAGUUUUGUGCAUGAAACUCUCUUUCCUUCACAUUCUUCCAUAUAUACUGGCCCGAUGCUAUACUCAACAAAUCGAUUUUGAAAUAAUAUAUAGUUUGUUUUAUUAUCAUUUACCUUUAAUUUGUCAGCAGAAACCCAUUUACUAAUUUUCUCUAAUUCAAUAUUCAAGGCAGUAUGCAAGUGAUUUAAAUUGUCAUCAUGUAAAAGAAGAUUUGUGUCAUCAGCCAACAAUACAUAAUUGAAUAUUUCAGUGGCAUUGGAAAUAUCAUUUACAUAUAUCAAAAACAGCAAUGGCCCCAGCAUUGACCCUUGAGGAACUCCCGCAUCAAUAAGCCUUAGUUGUGAUGGUUUCUUACUACAGUAUACGAACUGUUUCCUAUAUGUUAGAUAACUUUCAAAUCAUUUUAGUUGUAUUCCUCUUACUCCAGUGUUAUAAAGUUUAUCAGCUAAAAUUGCAUGGUUCAGUAUAUCAGAGGCUUUAGAGAGGUCUAGGAAUUAAUAUGCCUGCCACAUACCGUUUUCUUUCCAGAUUACUGUAAACUUUAUUUGUAGCCUAAAUUUCAUUAUGGCUUUUUCAUAUGACUUAUUAUUACGAAAUUCGAACUGAUUAUCGGAUAGUAAAUUAAAAUUUUCCAGAAACCUCCUCAAUCUUUGAACAAUAGCUUUUUUCAUAUACUUUACUAAUCGAUGGUAAAAUAGAUAUAGGUCUAUAAUUAUUUUCAUCUUCGAGAGAGAUCACCUGACUUAAAUAUUGGAAUCACUUUAGCUCUUUCAAGUUUGUCGGGAAAACAUCCUUGCUGAAAACAGAGAUCGAUAAUGUGGGCCAGAGGUAUAUCUAUGUAUUGUGCUGUAAUCUUAAGCAGUCUAGGUGGAAUUUCAUCAUAUCCUGGAGCAGUGUUUGUUUUUAAGUUAGAUACAGAUUAAUCUCUUCCCUAGUAACAGGGCACAAGUAAAGAGAGAUAUUGGCAGGAUUGUUGAAAAACUGACGGUGGGAAUUUUGUAGUGCAACUGUUUGCUGCUGUGAAGAUUGUCUUCUUCAGAAAGUGAUCAUUAAAUGCAUUUUAUUUCA